GCCGCCGCCGCUGCCGCCGCCUCCUUCGAGCGGGGCCCAGGCCCAGCCGCCGCCGCCGCCACCGCUGCCGCCGCCGAGCUCCGCCGCCGCCGAGCACCAUGGGAGACGCCGGGAGCGAGCGCAGCAAAGCGCCCAGCCUGCCGCCGCGCUGUCCCUGCGGCUUCUGGGGGUCCAGCAAGACUAUGAAUCUCUGUUCCAAAUGCUUUGCUGAUUUUCAAAAGAAACAACCAGAUGAUGAUUCCGCUCCAAGUACAAGUAACAGCCAAUCAGAUUUGUUUCCUGAAGAGACCACCAGUGACAACAACAAUACCUCGAUAACCACACCAACUCUUAGUCCCAGCCAGCAGCCGCUUCCGACAGAACUGAAUGUACCUUCACCGAAUAAAGAGGAAUGUGGGCCUUGCACAGACACAGCUCAUGUCUCGUUAAUCACACCAACCAAAAGAUCCUGUGGUACAGAUUCACAAUCUGAGAACGAGGCUUCGCCAGUGAAACGGCCACGGCUACUGGAGAACACCGAACGGUCUGAGGAAACCAGCCGAUCUAAACAGAAGAGUCGACGUCGGUGCUUCCAGUGCCAAACCAAACUGGAGCUGGUGCAGCAGGAGUUGGGAUCCUGUCGCUGUGGUUACGUGUUCUGUAUGUUGCAUCGCCUCCCCGAGCAGCACGGCUGUACCUUUGACCACAUGGGCCGCGGCCGAGAGGAAGCCAUCAUGAAAAUGGUGAAACUGGACCGGAAAGUGGGGCGCUCCUGCCAGCGCAUCGGGGAGGGGUGCUCCUGAGGGCCCGCGCGGCCGCCACGCGACGCUGUUCUUAGUUCACUAAUGUUAGCCUUACGUAGGACAACGUCAGCCAGACACCUUGUACUGGGCACGCGGCAGACUGCAGCCAGUCCAUUUCCUGUCCUUAGCCAGCCAUCCUGGUACUGUAGUUUAGGGGUUGAUGGUGGUUGAAAUUGAUUUCUGGCUGGUUACUAAGGUGCCUGCUAGCCAUUGUAUAAAAUUAAAACAUGAAGAAUAUUUUUUUUUGAGCAUGGCUAGUGGACUUAAAGCAACACCACAUACCUGUCACUGCUGGAGUCCAACUGAAUACGCCUUAAGCGGAGAGCGCUCCGGCCGGAGCCGCGGAGGCCACCGAGGAGCGGCGCGGGGGAGCGCCCACGACGCACACGGCUUUGCCAGGAACUCUGUUUAGUGUUCGGCCUUUCACCUCUUCACUUGUCCUUAGUCCCAGUAGCCAGGAGACCUGAUGGCCAUGUGUGCCUUGGCCACAGGGGGCUACUGAGAUUGGCCGGGCUGGGUGGUGGCCUUGCUCUCCCACAGAGCUGGAAAUGGGGGUGGGGACAGAUUCUUAGAGAAUUUUUUUUACCUGACUUGCUAAGAAAAAACUCAUCACACAAGAAGAGAAACCGUAACCUCACUUUGAAAAUUAGCUCCACUCAAGACUAGUCCACGCCCGAGACCCACCUUUUCUACACAGGAUCCGUGGUCACGAGCAGCCGCCAGCGUGCGCCAGUUGCCAAGUGCAGGGAUCUGGCCGUGAUCAGUAAGGCUCAUGGCGGCACAGCUCGGCCGGGUCUGCGGCCGGAUUUCCAGGUGGGGAGCUCUUUCGCAGAGACGUCUCAGAGCCACCAGGAAGCAGACGUGCGGGGGCAGCUGCCCAUCGACCCUGCGCUUCCCGCCCGGCGGAGGACGCUGCAGGCCUCCACGUUCCUUUCUAUGCAGCCCCACAGCCCGGGACAGCCAGUCCGCACCUCUCCUGGCAGGUUUAGUAGGGGAGGCAGCCUGCUUCCCAGGCAGCGGGGUCGUGUCUGGGUUGUCCCUGGCAUGGUGGCCAUGGCCGUGGCCCGGCCCCGCGGCGGCAGUGGUGUCUGCUGUGCUGGGUGGCUGUGGGGGCUGCCUCUCAGCCCGUGCUGCCGCAGCUCGGGCCAGGCAGGCCUGGCUGCGCUGUGUUCAGAAACGAUUACCAGUCAGGUGGGCUGGAGCUGGGCAGACAGAAUUGGGAUUCCCUCGAGAGCCUGGGCCGGGGGGAGCAGGGCCAGCGCCCCCCUCUGAUCAGGAGGCUCCAGCAGAGGCGGUGCGGCCCGCCCUCACACAGGCUACUGACGGCCGAGCUCAGCCCGGCAGCUCUCCUUCUGGUAGAACAGCAGGCAGUCCAGCUGAGUGCAGAGUGACAGCUGGGCGUCUGCCACUGCAGCCGCUGCUGCAUCCGAGAUACUGAACCCGGAAAUCAUGCUCUUCCCACCCCCCACCCCACCAGAGUGGCACCCGCUGCGGAAUCUCCAGCCUUAAUUCUCGCUUCAGGACCAGACCGGUGUCGUGCUCUAGGGCGGCCCAGGGCGGGGGCCGGGUCUGCCCAGCGUUCACCACUGUCGCCAAGCCACGGCCCUCGGCCACUCCCUGGCCACCCUCAGUGAGGCGCCCAGCCUAGGCCCCCCGCCAAGCUCCGACCCGAGCCCUUCCCAGCCGCCUCAGGCCCCACCCAGGCUGCUGCUUGGAGGCAGCAGGGGCCGAAGGAGUGCGGGGAGCCGGCCGGCCGCACCGGGCAGAGGCCUGCGGUCACCGCCCGCUGGAGGAGCUGGGGUCGGGAGGGAGGGAGGGGCUUGUUCCCUGCAGUGUCUGUUCUGUGAAGUUUGUUCCAUGUAAGGAAAGCUUAAAUUCUUGUAUCUUUAAAAGAGAAAAUCUUAUUUAACCCUUUUGUGUUCUAGAUUUACUUACACACAUAGCCUAGAGCUCAGUUUUAGUUUUAACAUUGUGAGAAUAUUAAAAGAAUCUUGUAACUUUAUUCUUUUUUCUCCUGCUGAAAAAAAAAUUAAACCAAUCAUAUGAAA